AUACUACGUCACAUCAUCGCGACAGCUUGUAAAAUUCGGUUAUUUUAGCACUUGUGAAGGUCUUACAGGCAACGUAGGCUCUGCUUCAGUUGAUAGACAAAUUGUUAACUAACCCACAGUGCUUAUGCCUUUUAACAAGAAUUAGAUUUCGUAAUAUUGUCUCAAUAUCCACUGCUAUAAUCACUCCCCAAACACGGGCUCAUCCUCUUGCCUGUCAGGCAGAGGUGAGGGUUAAACUCAACGGCACAGCAUUGACGGACAGAGUAGGAAUGUAAAAGCAUGGCCGGGGAAGGAGAAAAGAAACCGGUGCUGGAGAUGAUUCAGGCUGAUGGGGCUGAUGAGGGCUGUGUGACGUUCGUGUUGCAUGAUGAAGACCAUACACUGGGCAACUCCCUUCGAUAUAUGAUCAUGAAGACUUUGGAUGUGGAGUUUUGUGGCUACACCAUCACGCAUCCGUCCGAGAGCAAGAUCAACUUUCGCAUUCAGACACGAGGGGGGCUUCCAGCCACAGAGCCACUGCGCAGAGGCCUGAAUGAGCUCACUGAUGUUUGUCAACAUGUUCUCAACACCUUUCAGGCGAGAGUUAAUGAAUUCAAAGAGGGGCAGGAGCAACCCAUGGAAUGAAGAGCAUCACAUAUGUGUGACUAUGAAGCUGCGGGACAUCGUUUCUUCAAGACUUUUUAUAUUUCUACUGGUUAAAGUAUGAGAAGUUCUCCUCCAAGUACUUUAUACAUGUCACAAGCAAACAUUUGUACAGUUUUAUUUUUUGUAUUAUGUUGACAUUGGCCUGUGCUGUAUGAUAAAUGUCUUUGAUAUAUGUGAAUCAGUCCUGUGUUUAUGAUUCCUGAAUUUUUGGAAUGAUUAACAAAGGAAAAUUAAGACGUUAAACAAAGGACUUUCAUUUUCUUUCUUUCCUUCUUUCUGAAUUUCAUGGAAAGAUAUCUUGCUGGAAUAACACUCAGCUCUCUGA